CUAUUUACUCUCAGCUUCUCACCGUUUCAAGAGCAGAAAGGAUAAUUGUGAUAAAUAUAAGAUGCGGUUACUGCUGGUCCCAUUUUUUUUCGUCGCUGUAACAGCUGAUCCUGGAUUGUUAAAGGUGCCAAAAGUCUACAAUGCGUUGAUAACAACAGACCAAAAUCUCUCUCCAUCCCGAGCGUUUCCUGUGCUCCAACCAGUUGUACACAAAACCGCCUUAGGAUAUGUUCCACCGUUUUAUUAUACACAAAUUGCACCUCAAUACACACCGGAAUUGGUCCAUAUUUCCCAGGGAAUUGCUCAGCCGUCCUUCGCAGUUGAAAAAAAUAUCAAAGAUGAAAAUUUUCAAACACCAGAAACAAUGGAUCCAUCUGAGGUGAAGCAACCUCAGAAGGAAAGUCAAGUACCAUUGAGCUUCUAUCCCAAUUAUCAUUCUCUUUAUUACGAUCCAUAUUUUUACACUUACAACGGUUAUGAUUCUCAUUUGGCUCCAAGUACCUAUCACGAAAAUGUCCAAAUUCAAGCUUCUGUAGAUCCACUUCCACCUCAAAAUUCUUACUCGGAACAUUUGCUUCCAAGUCUUCAUGAUGAAAAAGCUGCGGGAAAGGAUCAGGAAAAAAAAGAAAAGAUUCCUGAUGUUCCACCACCACCACUUCCAAACGCAUUUCCUAAACGGUCUUAAUUUUAGUUUGGUUUUAGGACUUUUUUAAAUAAAUAAAAAAUCAGUAUGCUGUAUUGAAGAUUAGGGAUAUAAAAGAUUUGUUUUAAAGUAUUUAAAGAAAUAUUAAUUCAGUGAGAAAUAUUAAAAAUAGGUUAUGAAUAUUGUCGUAGAUUCAAAGAUAAAGCACAAUUAGAGAAGAACUAAAUACUUAAAAAUGUUUGGAAAAAUUUGAGUUGAUAUUGCAUACAAAUUUUUAGCAAAUUUUGUAUCUUAUUUCUUUUCUAGUUUUGUAUAUUUAUUGUAUAUACAUAAAACGCAUAUUGUAACGAUUAUUCACAUUAUAAAUUAUUAUAAUUCGUUAAGGAUAGUAUUAAGUUAAAAAUACAAAUCUAUAAUUUUGUGACUGAUAAAUACUCAUUGAAUAGUUUAUAUUUUUUUAAUAUAUGAGAUUGACAGGGUA